AUGAUAAGUGAUACUACACCAACUCUAACAUAUUUUAACGCUCGUGCCAGAGGUGAGCUUACAAGAUUGUUACUCAACUAUUUGGAUGUAGAGUUCAAUGAUGUAAGAGUAGCAUACCCAUUGGAUAAGGAUCUGAAGGCAUCACUUCCCUUUGGUCAACUUCCAAUGUUCAAGGAUAAUGAUGUAACAUUGGUACAAUCAACAGCCAUCGAAUCAUAUAUUGCAAACAAGUAUAACAUCGCUGGUACAAACGAUGUCGAGAGAGCACAGAUACAUCAAUAUGUCUUGGCCACCAUGGAUGUAUACAAUCCAUUCUUCUUGGUGUGGCGAGAUGAAGCUUUGGUACUCAAGUACACAUUGGACAAGGCACCAUUGUUCCUGCCUCAGUUUGAAUCGAUCGUGAAUCAGUGCAAAGGUGAAUACCUUGUUGGCGACACAUUAUCAUGGGCCGACCUGGCCUGGUUCAACAUGGUCGACUACUUCACACACUACAAUCAUCUGAAGGAUGUGAUCAAGAACUAUCCAGCACUGAUAGCGUUUCACAAAAGGAUAGGUGAUCGACUGCCUGAGAGAACCAAACAGUAUCUAAAGAGUCGUGAGAGCACACCUGUAUAA